AUGGCAGUUUUGUGGAUUAUUACGCUGCUGCUAUGCACACGAUGCUCGGGACAACUGCUUAACGAAACGUACGGUGGAUUGAUCCAUAAACCAGUCAUGCAGUUCCUCGACCGAAGCAACGUGACACACUUGCCAACGUACAACGGAACGUUGGCGAAUGCCACCAGAUCGGACACUUCCCUCUCCAACAGGGUUCUCAAUGUGAAUGAAUCGCUUUCCUCGCGCAUGACCUCGGGCGUUGUCGGUGGCAUCAAAAUGAUCAUCUACGUGUUCCGGUUGGCCGGUGAUUUUUUCAGAAAGUUCGGCGCCGAAAUACGGGUCGCAAAGUGUCUCUUCAUGUACUCGCUGACAUAUCAACCGUUUAGCUCUAAGGUGGCCGGAGGAACGAUACAGAACUGGCUGGCGGGUUACUUCGGUGCCGAGGAUGCCCGGGACGUGUACCGGUUCCUGUCCCGCACCCUCUUUGCACAGCUGGGACUCGGAACGGAUCUUUAG